GGGGUUUUUUGUUAAUAAUUCUUAAAUUCCAGUCUUAGAGAGCGAGACUAGAGAAGCUCUUCAGGAUACCUACAAUGUGACCACGUGCUGGCAGGAGUGGUUCAUCGAGGCUCUGCUCAUCUCAGUGACCCAUUCAUAUUACAGGACAAAGCCCCUUUCUCGCUGACAGAAUGGAGAACGUGCUGAUGAAGCAAAGGGGAGAAAUGGAUGGGCUACAAAGUCAAACCACAGAAGAUGAGGUAAUGAUACCAUGUUUAGGACUCCUGGCGAAUCUCCGUCAUCACAACUUACCUGUUCAAGCUAAGAUGAAAUCUUUGACUUCUGAAGGUGUUCCAGAGAGGAUCUUCAGAAUAUUGAAGGAUUCAAUAUACACUUACGACAAGCCAAAUCAAGGACUGAUAACAAACCUCCGCUACCCGGUAAUGAAACCAAAGGCUUCACAAAGAAGCCAAGGGUUCCAGUCAGGAAAGGAUGACAUCUAUGCAGUGAAGCGUUUGACACGGUCUCCCACAGCAUCCUCCCAGCUAAACUGAGGAAGUGUGGUCUGGACGAUCGGGUAGCGAUGUGGACUGUGAACUGGCUGAAGGAAAGAAGCCAGAGAGUCGUGAUCGACGGGGCAGAGUCUAGUUGGAGGCCUGUGGAGUCCCUCAAGGGUCGGUACUGGGGCCAGUACUAUUCAAUAUAUUCAUCAAUGACUUGGAUGAGGGAAUAGAGUGACUGUCAGCAAGUUUGCUGAUGACACCAAGCUGGGAGGAGUGGCUGACACGCCAGAAGGCUGUGCUGCCAUCCAGCGAGAGCUGGACAGGCUGGAGAGUUGGGCGGGGAAAACAUGAAUGAACUAUAACAAGCGCAAGUGUAGAGUCUUGCAUCUGGGCAAGAAGAACCCCAGGUACUAGUAUAAGUCGGGGAAUGACCUGUCAGAGAGCAGUGAAAGGGACCUGGGGGUCCCGGUGGACGGCACGAUGACCAUGAGCCAGCACUGUGCCCUUGUGGCCAAGAAGGCCAAUGACAUCCUGGGGUGUAUUAG